ACUCAAUCUAGAUAUCCAUCCAUAACUAUCGCGAUAUCAAAUCUAUAACUACCCAUACAUACUCGCAGAACUGUGCCUCGACCUAUCUCCAUCGUCUCUUUUGUAUCUCUUUCUUCUCCCUUCCACACAGGAUAGAGAUGAGAGAAAUGGCGGCCAUGGACUGGUAUGAUGUAGUUACUGUACAAUGCACAUGUACAUGUACAUACACACUAAUAUUACCUCCUCAGCCACUUCUGACUAUACCUGACCAUACUUGUAUACACCGUGGUGCUUGACUUGAUACUUGAUACUCAGUUGGAGUGUUUAGUUCCUUGUCUUUUCGUUUACAACUUUCUUACUCUUAACAACUUCUUCUUCUUCUUCUUCUUCUUCUUCUUCUUCUUCUUCUUCUUGAUAUUUCCCCUAUCUUAUAUUUCUCUUUUCCCUUUUGUUUUUCUUUUGCUGCCACUGCCACUGCUGCUGCUGCUGCACCAGGGCUGCGAGAGAGUGAGUGAGUGAGUGAAUUAGUGUUUUAGCUAGUUAACUAGCGGACUUCUCUCGUGCUUUUGGUGGAUCGUCAGUUUCUGUCUCUUCUUCUCUCGCGGAUCGUCUUCUUCUUUUUGGCUAUUGGCUCUCUGUUCGCUCUUUGUUAUAUCUCUCGCUUGAUCCCAAGCUGUCCUCCGUUGCCUACACCCCCAGGUACAAAAAAGCCCCGAUUCCUGCUACUUGCUUAAAUACUGCCUGUUGCUCGCCUCCUGCUAAAUAGCUACCGCCCUUGAUUUGGUGUCUGUGUCCUCCUGUCCAUAGAUAGGUAGACUUUGUUUCAGCCAUAUUUAACUGGCCAGGCAGACAGAGCCCCUCCCUCCCCUCAACACCACACCCUCAGCAACCACCAUCUAACACACACACACACACACACACACAUACACCCUGUUGCUUUCGGGAACCCUAUAUCCAAGUCACAGACCGUUGCCCGCGAGAGAUGCUCAAUGCUUGGACUCAACCACAGGCCGAAUCCACUAUCCCGCUGCUCUUGCACAACCACCGCUACUCCGGCUCGUGUUGUCGUGGUCGCUGUGGUUGCCAGUGUUGCUGUCGUGACCUCUACCAGUACCACCGCCACCCCACACCGUGAAUAGUUAAUGCCCACAUCCUAUAUCUCUACAGACAUACAUACAUACAUACAUACAUACAUACAUACAUACAUCCAUCCAUACAUCAGCAGAUAAAUAAAUAUCCCUACAGCUAUUUAUUACCAACACAACCCCCUUCUUUUCUGACGCCAUGGCCCAGUCCAACAAGGGCGUUGCCAGUGGCUGCAACCUGCGGCUGUCCCCUACCCCCUCCGGCCUCCCCCUCAGCGCCCAACCCGCCGCGACUGUUGCCCCUGCACCAUCCCCUAACAAUAAUAACUGCGCCGGGAGCACUACCACCACCAUCACUACUACCACCUCCACCACCACUACGACGACGACGACGAACAGCAACAAUAACAACAAUAACAAUCACACCCACAAUCACCGUACAUCUUCGCUUCCAGAUACCUAUGCUGCUCUGGCCUCCUCGGUGGCCUCGUUCCUGGCUGUCAGCAUCCACCAGAUCCUAUAUCUGCGCGCCAUCUAUCCCCAGCCAACCUUCCUCCCCGUCCGCCACUUCAACCACCCCGUCAGACAGUCAAGGCACCCCAAAGUCUGCACCUGGGUAACUGAUGCCUGUGCUGCCGUCGAGGCCCAACUACUAAAAUGCUCCGUCGCUGCUGUCUCCGUCGUCAUUCUCUCCGCCAGCACCAACCGCCCUCUCGAGAGAUAUACCUUCGACAUGACCCAGAUACCAGAGGUGCCGGCUAGUGACAUCCACACUCCAUUCGAGAACUCCUCGUCUGCUGAUCAACAAGAACAACAACUACCAUCAACUACAAAGCCCCAAACUCAUCCCCGCCCCGCCCCCAUCGACCUCGAAGCCCAAUUCCGCGCCGUCCUAGCCAGACUCGCCUCUGCCUGUGCUCGCUUAACUCCUCUCCCCCGCGAUGAAGAAUACACGCCCACCCUCCACAUCGUCCUGCGCAACAACGCUGACAGCCCCGCCGGCGUCACCAAAGAGGAACAACUCUGGAUCGCCGCUGAGCCCGAUAGAAAAGUUGACCUGAACAACACUAAGCCUAAUAGUAAUAAUAAUACAACCCGCCACCUGAAUCCCACCGGCACUGGUAACGGCAAUGACAAUGACAACUCCUUCGACAACAGCAGUACUACGGCCCGGAAUAGAGGCGGUGAGAUGAAUGGCAGCAGGCGCGGCUCGCGCGGCCGGGCGAAAACGGUGCCCGUCCGGACGGUGGAUGCUGGAGAGAUGAAGUUGGAAGUGUGGGUUGAGGAGGCGAAGGGGAAGUUUGAAGAGCUGGAUCGGAUUCGGGCGGAACAUCCACCAUGAACCUGGAAUUGGUAAUUGGAAUUUGAAAUUGACAUUAACAUUAAAGGGAGGUCAAUUUUAUUUUAUUUUCUGAUUUGGAGGCUGAUAGGAAAUGGAAUGGAGACCUUUCUCCGUUUCUCAAUUUGACACAAU